GAAGGAGUUUGUGAGCUUCUGUAACAAGGAGGUGAAUCCACCGGGAGUUCUGAUACGAGACGAGAUCUGCAGACCCAACUUUGGUCAGUCUGAAAAAGCAGUUAAUAAAGUGCAUGAUUUCCAGGAAGAUGGAGAGUUGUUCAGAUACUGUACUCUGCCAGAGAUCCUAAAAUAGGUUAAAUGCUUCACAGGCCCAAACAUAAUGGCCAUGCAGAUGAUGCUGUUGAUAAAUAAACUUCCAGACCCUGGUAACCUGAGUUCUCGCCACCCCAUGCAUCAGGACUUGCACUAUUUCCCCUUCCGGCCUGCGGCCCGCACCGCGUGCUCCUGGACUGCCAUGGAGAGGGCCGACCAGGACAACGGGCACCGGGUCGUGCAGCCAGGGACACACAAGGAGCCCCCGAAGCCUCACGGCUAUCCACAGCGGGAGGUAGGGCAGCAUGGGGGUCCACCGAUCAAAUUUUUCCAUGGGCUGCUGGAUUAUGAUAAAAAGAGUCCCGGGGUUCACGUUGUCGUGGAGAAGGGACACAUGGUGUUCUUCCAUCCCCUGCUUAUUCAUGGCUCCAGAGCAAACAAGAGCAUAAGCUGUCACUUUGCCAGCUCCGAGUGCUACUACAUUGAUGUCAAGAACACAAUCCAAGAGCACCUGGAGAAAGAAGUGACUGAAUUUGGACAUGCAAAAUAUAAAGUGACUUCUCCCUCAGACCUCGCAGGUGUUUGGAAGAAGCAAGCAAAGAUCAUGCAAGGAAAAAGGAUUAAUCUUUAA